UUUCCAUUGAUACCUCUGCUGUUCUCCCAGGAGAUAAAGAUGAAAAUAAAUCAAAAUUUAUUAUUGAAUUAAAAAUAAUUAUAAAUCAAAAUUUGAAGAUAUCAAGGUUUUUUUUUUGUCUGUAUGACCUUUCCAUGUUUGACUUUUUUUUUAAUAUUUGUAUAUUUAUUUAUUAAUUAAGUUUUUAAUGGCAAUAGGGUGGAGUAAUGGCAGCUGUGGACCAGAGGCAGCUGCCAAUCUUGAAACACCCCACCACAAAUCUAACUGCAAAAUUUUCAAAUUUUAUUUUUCAUUUUUCAUUUUUAUUUUUUAUUUUUGUUUCAAAAUUUUCUAGGAAGAGAGAAAAUGAUGAGAGGGGCUUCAGGUUCAGGUUCAAGAUGGAGAUGUCUGCACUUUUUUCAUAUCAUCUUCCCCACCAUUUCUCUGCUACUCAUUUCAGGCUUGGCGGAUGACCCAUCAAAUUCCAAAGAUGUGAAGAAAGCUGAGAGACAUGAUACCCAUGGUAACAUGAUCGGGAUUAGGAUAGUCAUUAUAUGCCUUGGCCUGGUGGCAGGUGCUGCAUUUUCUGUUUUCCUGUUCAAGAUAUGGCAAAAGAAAAAGAGAGAAGAGCAGCAUGCCCGUCUUCUAAAGCUUUUUGAAGAUGAUGAUGAGCUUGAAGUCGAACUUGGCAUUCGAGAUUGAGGUUCUUCCUUUGUUCAUAUAGGGGCUGUAAUUUAGUUGAUGCGAGUGUCUUCAGUCCUGCAUAAAAUUAGCUCUUUCUAUCCAUGGGACCUCCUUUUACAUUGUCUUGAAAUAGUAGUUAAUUAUUACCCUUCUAUACUAUUAUGUGAAUCACAAUUCAUCACAAUUCAUGAUGGUUUUUUAUACCUUGAAAAUGAGUUUGUUUUCUGACGUUUAUAUUCCUAAUGCUUGAAUUAUAGUGUUCUUUUUCUUC